AGGUAUACUCGGAUUAAACUAUUGCAUCAUAUGCGUAUCUGAAGGUUAUUAAAAUCGAAUGCUGUCCCACAGUUCAGUACGUGCUGUCGCGACGAAUAUACUAUGUGAAAGUGACAGUAGGAGAAAGUAGGUAAUCUGGUUUAGGAAGUUCUUGGAAUCCAAAACGGUCUUUGGUACCCAAACUUUUCAUUUAUUUUGUGACCAGUUUUGAACUGACAAAUCAUCAGAUGUGUCUACAAAAGGCAAAAAGAAUGUGCAAACUUACCAAUGAAAGCAUUACAGUAGGAUGUAACAGUAAUGGCAGUAGUGCUAACAUAGAUCACCUCAGAUGCAACGUUACUAGUUUAGGAUGUUGGUGCUCUGCUUCUUAAACAUGAAGUCUGAGAAGAUUUUGCUGUAUUUUACACUAGCCUCGUUCAUACAUUUUACCUUGAUAGCACAAAUUACAGCAAAAGAGAGAGAUUACUAUGAAGUACUUGGUGUCCAGAGGACUGCUUCAGACAGAGAGAUAAAAAAAGCAUUCCGAAAACUUGCAAUUAAGUAUCAUCCUGAUAAAAACAAAGAGAAAGGUGCUGAAGCAAAAUUUCAAGAAAUUGCACAAGCUUAUGAAGUUCUCUCUGACCCAGAUAAGAGACGAAAGUAUGACCAGUUUGGAAGUUCAGCAUUUGCAAGUGCUGGUGCUGGUGGUGGUGGUGGAGGUGGUGCACACCAUUUCAAUUUUGAUGACUUAUUCCAAAGUGACUUUGGGAGACAUACAUUUAAUUUCAAUCCUCAUUCACAUAUGUUUCAUCAUGAGCAGCCACACAACUUCUUUAGCUUCGAUGACUUAUGGGAAGAGGAUGACACCCCUUUCUUCAGUCAUACUGGAUUUGACCACAAAGUAGGGAGCUCAUUCUUUGGAACUCACUAUGGUCACAAUCAACAACACUCCCAUAGGAGCCAUUCAGAGUUUUCUGGUGGUCGCUGUAGGACAGUGACCCAGCGCAUUGGCAAUAUGGUUACCACAUACACUCAGUGUUCAUAAGUUCCUGUUAUGUGCACAUAGCAGCUGUAAUUUAUUGUUUAAAUAUUCUGUAAAUUUGUUGAGACUUUUUAUUAUUAUUACUAUUAUUAUUAUUAUUAUAUUCUUAGUAUUAUUAUUGCUCUUCCUUGCCACUAUAUCACAGUUUCAUUUUUUGCACAAGGACUGAAAUUAAAUUGUUUAUUAUUGACUGUGUAUCAUUAUUAGUAAAAUAGAAGUAUUACAAUUGCAUCUAAACAAGCAUAUUUGAAGUUUUUGAUGAUGUUUUGUUUUACAAGGAAUCUUUGUGUAUGUGCCACAAAUUGUGAAAUUAGGUUGUAUCACUUACAGGUGAAAGUGGAAUGUUUCAAUGAGAAGUUCCUUGAAAACAACUACAAGAGUAUUAUUUGUCUGCUUCACCAUAUUUAAACUGUUCUUUUUGUGUAUAUUAUUGCACCACAGAUUGUCAAAGGAUUGACAGUAGGUUAUUCAUUGUGUAUUGUAUUGUUUUCGAAGGAGUGAAUUUACCAUAAGUUAAAAUUAUGUGGAAGAAGUAACUAAAAAUUCAUAUAUCACUGUAAAGUGUGUGUUUCUGCAAUGAUGUAAUUAAAUGUUUUGUUGUCCCACA